CAGAGCUGCUUUGGUUUCAAUAUAUACAAAAUUGCAGAUUAUAGGUGAAAAUAUAUAUAUUAACAGUUUGGUGAAAGAUCUCAGAAACACUAUCAAUCAGUAAUUAAUAAUAUAUCAAAAUGAGCGGCGUUAAAGCAUAUGAAUUAAAAAUCAAAUCAAAACAACAACUUGAAGAUCAAUUGGUUGAUCUUAAAAAAGAACUUUUGUCUUUAAGAAGUCAAAAAUCUAGAGGUCCUUCUCCAAAAAUUGGUAUUUUAAGAAAAGAUAUUGCUCGUGUUUUAACUAUCAUCAACUUGAACCAACGUGAAAGUGUUAGAGCUUUCUACAAAGGUAAAAAAUACAUUCCAAAAGAUUUACGUGCUAAGAAAACUAGAGCUAUUCGUCGUCGUUUAUCUGAAAAUGAAGCUAAGAAAAUCACCUUAAAACAAAAAAAGAAGCAAAUUGCUUUCCCACAAAGAAAAUUUGCUGUUAAAAAUUAAUUUAAAUAAAUAAUAUUGAUUCAAUUUUUAUUAAUGAAUGUAUCCUACAAAUAUAUCUUUAAGAAAUGCUUUAUUUUUAUCAGUGUUCAUUAUUUAUAUAAUUAAUAACAGUUUAAUUACUUAUCUAUAUCUUCC